AUGAAGCUGAACCCGGAGAAAUAUGCCUUUGGUGCAGCCUCAGGUUUGGAACUUGCAGAAGAGGUGGGGAUUGAACAAGUUGAAAUCAAAAGCGACUCACAACUUAUGUAUUUGGAAAAGGUGCGAGAACUACUGCGCCAGUUUCAAGUAUGGAAAGUUGUUCAAAUACCAAGAGAAGAGAACAUGGAAGCUGAUGCAUUAACAAACCUGGGAGUAGUAGCUGAUGUGUCAAACACGAAAAAUGCAAUGGUGUUAGAAGAAUCAAAAGGCAACUGGCCGGAAGUGCUGCCUAGGGUAUUAUGGGCCUAUAGGACAACGACAAAAAUUAGCACGGUAGAAACUCCAUUUUUGCUUGUUUAUGGUACCGAGGCAUUUAUUCCAGAGGAUAUAGGGGAGCCAAGCACGAGGUUCAAGCAUGCAAAUGAAGCAUCGGAUGAGGAAGAAUUUCGUACAAAUUUAGAUUUGAUAGAGGAACGAAGGGAAAUAGUCUUGAUAUGGAUGGCAAUGCAAAAGCAAAGGAAUGAGCGCUAUUACAAUAGAAGUACAAAUCUUCGAUACUUUAAGAUUUGGGACUUUGUCCUUAAGAAGGUGCUUCGAUCAACACAUGCGGCAAAUGUGGGAAAAUUGAGUCCGAAUUGGGAAAGUCCAUAUCGAGUUAAAGACAUUACUGGAAAAGGAGCGUAUGAGUUGGACACCAUGGAUGGAAAAAUGUUACCUUCCAAUUAG